CCCGGGAACAGCGAGGAGGACGAGGGCGACGAGGACGCGGCGGCGGCGGCGCUGGGCUCCCCUGCGGACCCGGCGAGCCUCGGCCAGGCUUGGGAGGACUUCCAAGCGCGACUCGGGGACGAGGCCAGGUUCAUCCCCAGAAAAGAGCAAGUUAGUACCUUGUAUCAAAACAUCAACCUCGUGGAGCCAAGACUGGUUCAGCCUUAUGAACAUGUUAUAAAGAACUUUAUCCAUGAGAUCAAACUUCAAAGCACAGAAAUGGAAAACCUGGCCAUUGCAGUGAAGAGAGCCCAGGACAAGGCAGCCAUGCAGCUGAGCGAGUUGGAAGAGGAAAUGGAUCAGAGGAUUCAGGCUGCGGAACACAAGACGCGGAAAGAUGAAAAACGCAAAGCUGAGGAAGCCCUUAGUGACCUCAGACGUCAGUAUGAAACAGAAGUGGGAGAUCUACAGGUGACGAUAAAGAAACUCAGAAAGCUAGAAGAACAAUCAAGACACAUAAGUCAAAAAGAAGAUGUGGCUGCAUUAAAAAAACGAAUUUAUGACUUAUCAAUGGAAAAUCAGAAAGUCAAGAAAGAUCUUUUAGAAGCACAGACAAACAUAGCCUUUCUUCAAAGUGAAUUAGAUUCUUUGAAAAGUGAUUAUGCUGACCAGAGUCUGAAUUCUGAGAGGGAUCUGGAAAUAAUCCGAGAGUACACAGAAGAUCGAAGUAGUCUUGAGAGGCAAAUUGAAAUACUCCAAUCAGCUAACAGGAAACUGCAUGACAGUAACGACGGCCUAAGGAGUGCCCUUGAAAACAGUUACAGCAAGUUCAACAGAUCCUUGCGCAUAAAUAAUGUAUCGCCAGGGAAUACAAUUUCUAGAAGCAGUCCCAAAUUUAAUGGUCAUUCUCCUCAACCCCUGGGCUAUGACAGGUCAUGCCGCUCUUCCUACAUGGAUGAGGACUGUGACUCGCUGGCCCUCUGCGAUCCCAUGCAGAGGAUGAACUGUGACGCCAUGCAGAGGAUGAACUGUGACGUUGACAGCCUCCCCGAGAGCUGCUUCGACAGCGGCUUGUCUACCCUGAGAGACUCCAACGAGUAUGACUCGGAGGUGGAGUACAAGCACCAGAAGGGGUUCCAGAGGUCACACGGCACACAGGAGAGCUUUGGGGGGGACGCUUCAGACACAGACGUUCCUGAUAUAAGGGAUGAAGAGACAUACAGCUCGGAAGGCAUGGCUUCCAUCCUGGACUGGAAGCCCCAGGGGUCUGCUAGUGAAGGCAGCGUCCUUAACUCCUCGAGAAAGCCCAUCUCAGCACUUUCGCCACAGACAGACAUGGUGGACGAUAACCAUAAAUCUGCCGGCUCCCAGAAGGCUUACAAGAUUGUGCUCGCUGGCGACGCUGCAGUGGGGAAGUCCAGUUUCCUCACGAGACUUUGCAAGAAUGAAUUUCGAGGAAAUACAAGUGCCACCCUGGGAGUUGAUUUUCAAAUGAAAACCCUCAUCGUAGAUGGAGAGCGAACAGUCCUGCAGCUCUGGGAUACGGCUGGUCAGGAGAGAUUCAGAAGUAUCGCCAAGUCUUACUUCAGAAGAGCAGAUGGUGUUUUGCUGCUGUACGAUGUCACGUGUGAGAAAAGCUUUCUUAAUGUACGGGAAUGGGUAGAUAUGAUUGAGGAUGCAGCCCAUGAGAGCAUUCCUAUCAUGUUGGUAGGAAACAAGGCUGAUCUUCGUGACGCUGCUGAAGCAGAGGGACAAAAAUGUGUCGCAGGGUUCUUUGGAGAAAAACUGGCCAUGACCUACGGAGCAUUAUUUUGUGAAACAAGCGCCAAAGAUGGUUCGAAUAUAGUGGAAGCUGUUCUCCAUCUUGCUCGGGAAGUGAAAAAAAGAACUGAUGAGGAUGACAGCAAAUCUGUUACCAAUCUGAGUGGGACCAGUUCCAGAAAGUCAACCCAGAUGAAGAAUUGUUGCAAUGGUUAAAUCCAGAACAUCCUUGGCCCAAGAAGCCUUCAUUUCCAGAGUACCAAAUGUGUGUGACUUUGCUUCCGACAUAGAGUGGUGCAUCCUGCGGACACUGUCAAAUGGAGAGUAUGUGGAAUCCAAACCGUGCUCUCGGGUCCCUCCAGAACGUUGGUCUUUUUUUUCUUUUGCUAUGUUUCAGUAAAUGAUUUGGGCCCCCUGGUUAAAUAUACCUGUCUUGUCCCUACAGAGUCUUAACAGAUAACAUAUAAAUGUCUUUAAAGUAGUAAAACACACACACACACACACACGCACGCUUAGAUCAAAGCUAGAGAAGAAGUUCACUGACAUAUUAGAUUCAUAUGAUAGCUGACUUGGUAGAUAACCUACAAAAUUUACUUCCAACUGGCAACACUAGAAAACUGGUAAAAAGAUGGUUACCAUCCUAGCUUUGCUGUAAACUAGCCUUGUGGUCUCAGACAGGUCACCAGCCCACAUCAGAUCCAUUUCCCCAUCUGUAAGACAAGCAGCUUGGCCUUUCAGGCCUCAGCCCUCUCGGUUCUGCAGCUCUUCGAGCAGUGCUAAGAAGCACGUGAUGGGCCACCGCUAAUAAGGACUCUGGUCACUUGCACUUUUUAAAUAUUGGAGUAUUCAUUUUUCUUACACAAGAACAGAAUUAAAUUGAGGAAAAAUAAUGUUUUAAGCUCCAAUGGAGACAGGAAAAUCUAUUUUUUUUAAUGUAUAAAGAAAAAAAGCAUUUUUGCAACAAAAAUAGUUUGUAUAUAAGAGGGUAUUUUAUAAUCUCAGAAUACGUAUAAAGUCCGUGGUUUGAAUUCAAUGUUAAAAGUUCUAAUGAAAAUAUAUAUACCACAUAAACACAUGCUACUGAAAAUACCAUGCCCAGGAAAGGUGUCAUUCUUAA